AAGAUUUCUUUUUUCUGUUUAUCAGUAAUCCAGUAGUGUGAUGGUUUAACAUUAUUAAAUGAUAAAAUGGAUAUUGAUAGCAACUUUGAUUUGGAAGAUCGUAUAAACACUUUUUCUCAGUGUUCCUCUAUACUGAACAUCAAUGAAAAUAAACUUGCGAAACAUGGGUUUGCUUACAACACAACUCUAAAUUGUACUGUAUGUGUUGGAUGUAAGAAAACUAUAUCUGGAUGGACAAGGACAGAUCAGCCCUGCAAUAUGAGAUUUCAUGAAUUAGGAUGCAAAUUUGCACAAAGACUAUCAAAUGCUACUCAUACUAAUACCUCAGCACAUGAAGGCUCACCGUGUACAAAUCAAUCCAUUGGUGCAACAUGUAGUAGUAGUAGCAAUCAGAAAAAAUUUAAACAUUCUUCACCAUCAUAUAAGUCUGAGGAAGGUCACCCAAUGGCCUGUUCGCUUAUUCCAAUAAAUCCUGAGCAUACAAUUGAUCAUCGAUGGAACAGACAAGUGAAAAGUUUACCAUACAUGAUUACAAAUAAUCCUGCAAUUGAGGAGAGGAUGGAAGUAGAGUUUCCAACUGAAAUGAAUCCAAUAUUAAACCAAAGUUAUUCAAACUCGUCCUGUUCUCGUGAAAUUUCUCUAUCUCAGGCUUCAACUUCAAGGGAGCCAAGACAUUCCAGGCCACUCAAUUCAAACGAAUUGACUGCUUUUCUUGCAGUUCAUGAUAUGAAAAUAGCAAAACACAGAUUAGAAACUUUCAAAAGGUUUUGGUCAAGAAAUAUCGUUUUCAAGAAUGUUCGAUUGCUUGUUAUAUGCGGGUUUUUCUGUCUUGGUCAAGAUGAUGCAGUAGAAUGUUUUUCAUGUCGUUUGAUUCUCGCAAACUGGAGUAGGGACGAUAAUCCACAAAGCAGGCAUAGACAACUUUCACCUCAUUGUAGAUUUAUCAGAGGUGAGGAUUGUGGUGCUAUCCCACUUCCUCCACAAGUACGUGAAUCCGAUCCAUCGAUUGGACCACAAUCAAGAAGAUUGUUACAUUCAACUCAAACUCAUAUUACUCAAUCUCCAGAAUUUAUAUGUGAACGACAAGAAUUGCUCCAGCUACCAGCAUUGCAUCUGAAUCCACCAUUGGCGGCCAUUGAGAGGACAAAUCUGUUAUUGGAGUUUCCAUGUAUUAACCCAGCUAAUCCGGCAAUGAGAGAAGAACGAGCGAGGCUCAGAACACUAGAGAAUCCUGAAUUUCGUAGAAGAACUAGACUUCGUGCAUCGAAUGAAAGGCUUGCUCAAGCAGGAAUGUACUAUGUUGGUGAUGGUGACAGAACAAAGUGCUGGUUCUGUGAUGGGGGAUUGAAAGAUUAUUUGCCUGAAGAUGAUCCGUGGGUAGAACAUACAAAGUAUUUCCCACAGUGUGAAUAUCUUUUACAGCAGCGUGGACCGGGUUGGGUCAAUGAAAUAUCUGCUCAAAAUCCUGAUGUUGCCAGACCGAUUCUUCCAGUGAGAGAAAGACAUAUUUUACCAAAUGCUUCACAUGGUUCACAGUCACCUUCAUCUGAGGUAUCAACUACACAACAUUCUUCUGCUUUAUCGCUUUCAGGUGAAAAUCCUCAACAGCGAUUGUUGCAUCAAGCAAUGCAAUCACAAGCUGUUCAAAUUGCACGUAGCAUGGGAUUUUCUGAACAGCAAAUUAGGGAAACACAAUUGACAAAUAUCAAUAUUAAUGGAACAAUUUUUCAGACAGCUGAAUCGUUAGUUGAUGCAUUGCUGCAUUGCAAUGGUGCAACAGAUCAAGAGACAAGUAGUGGGUCUUCAGUUCAAGGAAUUAGCUGUUCUACUGUACAGAUUACUCCACAAGGCACUGUGUUAAAUUUACCUGACCAAACCAUUCACAUUGUUGGUGGAAAUAUUACUGCAAGAUCCAAUAUUUCUGUACCAUCAUCUCAUUCACAUAAUAGUCCUGCUUUCUCCGAAGCUGGUCCAUCCAAUAGCAACAACAGUGUAUUGGUAAAUGGAAUGCCUGUAAAUCAAUAUAUGAAUCAUGUAUCUCAUGCUCCAAGGAAUAUUCAAAUUGAAGAAGGUGCCGGGUCAAACCCAGCACCUCCUUCUGGCAAUGGUUUAGCAGCUCUUGGAUUGGACCUUCCUUUAUCCUCCCCAAUGCGUCGCAUGACAAGACGACCGACAACAAAUACUGUCACUGCUCCUAGAACAACAUCACCUUCCACAUCUGGCAAUUCUACUCAGAGACUGGCAGAGUUGGAGAGAGAGAGAACUUGUAAGAUAUGUCUCACACUACCAGCAGAUAUUCUGUUUCAACCUUGUGGUCAUAUAUGUUCUUGUGCUACUUGUGCUAGAAGGCUUUACAACUGCCCAGUUUGUAGGAGAGCAAUCAACAGAUUUAUUAGAACUUAUCAUUCUUAAAAAAACAAUAUAACAUUAGUAGAGUAGAUGUUUGGAAUUGUCAUUCCUUUAUAGUUCUCCUUUUACGUUUUGAAACAUGGCCAGGCAGUUUUUGUUAACUAAUUAAUAUCUUACACCAACUGUUAAAUGUAUUUUGACAAGUAAAGAAAGAUUAUAAUCUUGUUAUGUGAUACUUUUUGAAAAUAUUGGUGUUUAAAAUGUCACUCUUUAUUACAUGUAUGUGUAAAGUGAAUUAAUAUGCCUUAAUUAAUAUAUGAAUGUAGUAUCAAGGUUAUCAAUGUAUGAAUCACCAUUGGCAAAAUAUAUUAUAAUAAUUAACUAUUUUGUGAUUGCUAUAAAUUUAUCAAAGCCAUUAAACUGUUCAUACACUUUCUUGUUGAGUCGUUCAUUGUUUUUUUAUGCCUUGAUAGUUCAAUUAAAUGAAAUGAUUUUUUGACGUAUCUCAAUAAUGGAUAUAAUUGUUCCAACUUAUGUAUGAUUAUUGAAUAUCAUGAUCUGAAUAUUUGUAUGCUGUUUAAUCAAUGAUUUUUCUAUGAAUUUAAUUUGUUUAAAUAUUUGUUGCCUUUAAUCUUAGAUAACAUUUUUGUUCUCAUUGUCUUCAUUUAUAUAGGUGAUGCAGGGUCAAAAACAUGCUCAUUAUAAGGGUUAUUUCUGUGUUAGAAUAUGUUUAUAGAAUUAGUUUCUUUCACAAUUACUUUUUUAUUGCAUCAAUUAAACCUAUUUUGUUCAUGAAAUAUGAGCAUAAUGAUAUUUAGAUAUUAGCUUUUUACAAUAUGUUAUCCCAAUAUAAGAAGCCUGGUGAUUAUCCAUUUCUUUAAAUGCUUCAGUGUUGUUUUGACCCAUAGUUAUUUCAACCCAUGUGUUAUCUAAAACACUACGACUUUUCUUUAUUAUUCAUAUCUUUAUUGCCUUGGUUACAAAUAAAUUCAUUUUUGUUUUCCAUUUUUUUAAAAUUAAUAUCAUGUUACAUCGGCUUGAUUAUAUUUCAGA